GAAACCAUUUUCUCAAUCAACACUACCUUUUAUUUUAUAUCAAGAACAAGAAAAUGAGUACAAGAAGCCGUGCUUGGACAUGGAGUGUGGCAACAAGUGUUGGAGUGGUGGAGGCGUUGAAGGAUCAAGGAAUAUGUAGAUGGAACAGUGUGAUAAGAUCAGCACAACAACAUGCUAAACAUAACAUCAGAUCUUUGUCUCAAGCCAACAACUUUUCUUCUUCAUCAUCUGUUGCAACCAAAUUGAGGGAUGAGAAGAAAGCCAAGCAAUCAGAGGAGUCUUUGAGAACUGUCAUGUACUUGAGCUGUUGGGGUCCCAACUAAGCAAAUUAUGAUAUUUUCAAUUCAAUGUAUCAAUGAAGAGUUAAAUUUUGUAUAUAGAAAUUUGUGUACAGGAGGAUUUAUUAGUAUAUGAUGAUAAACAAAUCUUGAGAAAUUAUUUCUCUCAUAAA